UUAUGAAAGAGGGUCAAAUCACAAUCUUGAAAGACUCAGAUAGGCAAACCUUUCGACCUUCUUGCAAGUCCUGAUUCUCUAUUGGAGUGAUGGAUACUAAAUGAACAAACUACAAUUCACAUUUUGUUCAUUGACUAUAGUGUUCAUACUUCUCGUAUACUAACUGGUUUUACUCUUAUUCUUUCCCCCCUUUGAUACUUGUUAAAUAGAAAGUUUGCUUCUUUCUUUUGCAACCUUUUUGAAUCUCCAAUUGUAAACAUUUCUUUUGCUUGCUGGUGAUCAAGACAAUGAACUUCUUUUGCUUCAUUUGGUUUUUGCAUCAAAAUUCAACUUGUGGUGCUGCUGAAUAUGUUGGAACUGCUGCAAAACCUAAUGGCAUAAUGCAUGAACCUGUACGUGCUGAUAGACCCAAUGCAUUCAGUAACAACAGCUCAUCUGUUCUCUCUUGCAUACAAACAGCAGUUGAUAUUCCUUCUCAAACAGCAGGUCCAUCCACGUUUGAGCUCCCGAACCACGCUCUUGUUGGGCCUGGGCGUGAAGGUGGUGUUAGAGUGGGUGAAAGUCCCACAUUGUUGGGGAGUGAACUGUCGGUCUUCUUAUAUGGACUUGAGCAAUCCUCCCCUCAUGUGCUAGAUUUUGGGGUUGAGUUAGGCCCAAGAUCCUUUCUUUACACAAUCAACCAUCUUUUCUUACAUUGGAAACGGACAGAGCAGCUGUAG